CAGGCCACCGAUCCAAUAUAAACAGACUAGAAAAACUGACCAACGACAACAAUACUAACACAGAAAUAGCCAAAACAUCACUGAUAGAAACAACAACAGCACUAAUACAGCAUUGUAUAGAGACAGAUCACAGAUUCAAUCUAGAACACACACAAAUAAUAGACCAUAGCUACAGACAGUCCACACUCCCAUUUUUAGAGAUGUGUCACAUCACCAACACUAACCAUACAAUCAAUAGACGUACCGAUAUAGACAGACUCAGUACAACAUACGCAGCAGUGUUGCACGACAUUAAAAGUAGGAAUGAACGAAACGAAACCACUACGGGAGAUAGCAUAGAUGAGAGGGAAUCAAUUACUCCAAUAGGGCACAGUAACCAGUCCAUAAGUUGAGAUAAAGAAGGACUGAAAAACAGAAAGAUUGCGCCAUUGCCAGUGAAAGUUGUGCGGUGAGAAAAGUGGAAGAUUUUAAAGUCAUGUACCAUAUAUCAUCAAACCCGACAGUUACAGUUAGACCAAACAUUAGACAAAUAACGACACUAGUAUUGUAAGUAACAGAAACCAGACAUUCCACACACAAUUAAUUCGAACAAAUGUUAAAUUAAAUUUUAGUACCCCCUGAGGAAGACACCCACCAAGUGUCGAAACGUUGGGUUAAUAUAUAACGUCGUUGGUUUAAUAAAGACUGCGUAGCCGAAAAACUAUAAAUUAAACCCUACAGUCGAUCAAUUACCAGUUCUACCAAGAUGGCAGCUGUACAACAAUCAUUCUUUGGGUACAUUGACGAGAAUUUCGGACACAGCACAGCGGACGCACUGAGAACAUAUGCGUCGAGCAAUAAGAAACUGGCAAAUCUCCAAAGUCGUAAAACAUUCCUCAUCAGGUGCAGAAGGCAAGGCGUUUUCCCUGCCCACAUCGUAAAUUCGUUCAAAUGCGUGCACGAAUUGCUAGCAGAAAACGGCCCGUUCACGAAUAAAGUGGACAGGACAAUAAACCGGUUCAAGAAAGCCAUCCUGAACCUGGAAAUCCGUCAGACGUUCUUCAAAAUUGGACAGAUCACCAAGGAAUUGCAGGGAUUACAGGGCAACAUCCGUGAUUCAACCAGUGACCGCGUAGUCGAGGAGUUCGUAGCCACGCAACAACAGGCCUACAACAGGUGGUUAAGUAGGAAGGAGCAGCAGACGACGAGAAAACUCACAAAUCUCGUACGCAUGCCGAACAGUACCGACGAACUGGAGCCGAUAUACAACGAACGAGCAAUCCUCAACGCAACCGAGCUGGAGGUCCCGGCGAACACACUGCACCUUCUCAGCCUGGGUCCAAAAUUUGCGCUACCCACCACAUCGCUAUCGCAGGUACCAUUCUAUCACCUACUCGCUGCCACAGAACAGAUCCUGCUCACCAACACCGACAAGAAAGUUCAGGACAGGAAUCGGUGCAAAAUCGUGAAUGUAACGCAAAAUUUCAUUCACGGUUUCGAUUCGAUGGUAGACACGCACGACAGCAUAACGAAGUUUUGCGUCGCAGCGACAGGUACAACGAAAAAGUACCUACGCGAGCAUCCCGAAAUCUGCGUGCUCUCGGCCGAUAAAGGCAACAGGACUGUUGUCAUGAUGAGGGACGACUACGACCAAAAAAUGCGUACGUUGGUGAACGACGAUACAACAUACGAAAGAGUGCGGUCCGAUCCCACCACUAGGUAUCAAAAUGGAAAUAACUCCUUAGUCAAACGGCUCAAAGACUUGAAGCUUAUUGACUACAGAACUGCGAAGGAGCUAACCACCAAUAACGCCGUCUGCCCCAGGAUCUACGGGCAACCGAAAGCGCAUAAACAGAACCUACCGCUUCGACCUGUUAUUCCAAACGUGACAGCUCCGACAUACAAUUUAGCAAAGUACAUCGCCAACAUCCUCCAGAGCUCGAUCCACAGUCCAUACAACACGGCCAGCUCGUUUGAGUUCUGUGACGAAGUGAAUCGAAUCACACUCCCAGAAGGAUACAUAAUGAUCUCUCUGGAUGUGACAUCUCUAUUCACGAACGUACCACGGCACCUGGUCACGAGAAAUAUCAUCCAACGGUGGAAGGAGGUAAACACCCAUAUAAAUCUGGACCUGUUUUUGGAGAUAGUCGAAUAUUGCAUGGAGGCUAGCUAUUUCUGUUUCGAAGGGCAGUACUACAAACAGGUAUUUGGGACGGCCAUGGGAAGCCCGUUGUCGCCGAUCGCGGCGGAUAUUGCAUUGGAUUCCGUAAUUGCUCAAGCUAUGAGAUCUCUACCGUUCGAGAUUACGAUAUUCCGAAAAUACGUGGACGACAUAUUCAUGGCGAUACCACGGAACACCGAGCAACAAGUCCUACAGGCAUUCAAUGACGUCGAACCGAGAAUCCAGUUCACCAUCGAAACCGAGAAGGAGCAGAAGCUAGCAUUCUUGGAUUUAACGGUCAUCCGAAAUGCAGAUCAAAGCCUGACAACGGAGUGGUAUGCUAAACCUAUAGCAUCAGGGCGCCUGCUCAACUACAAGUCGUUCCAUCAAUGCAAACACAAGAUUAACGUAGCCAAAAACUUUAUUCAUAGAGUCUGGUACCUCACACGCAAUAAAUCCACUGUAGAGAUAGCUCAGAUCAUUCACCAGCAUCUCACACUGAACAACUACCCCAGGCAAUUGAUCAACCGACUACUCAACCUGUAUGGGAACAAACGACAACUAAGUUCUCUAACACAACGUCUCCCAACACUCGUAGCAGCCACCACCCCACCCAGCCGACCAUCAUGCCAGCAAUCACCCACACCACCCUCACUGAUCGAAAUCACCGAUGAUGCACCAGACAACACCCAAAGCCGACCAUCUCGCCAGCCUCCCACUCCGCCAGCCAUUCUGCCAGCCGUGCCCACACCCCCAUUCUGUACACAACCAAGCACCUCGAACCAGAUACAGCAACAACCAAGCACCUCGAACCAGAUACAGCAACAACAACCGGAAUCACCCUGCCUCCAACCUACUGCAAGUUCCAUCGACGUCAAUGAGCACCAAACAUCAGCAGAUCCAAACCGCAGCAUCAAUGAUCCCUCCAGAAGCACCGAAACCAUAACAGAACAACCUGAAACAACAAAAAUCGAUAAAAUUUAUAGAGCCAUACCAUAUAUACCUGCACUUUCUCAGCGAAUUACUAAAAUUUUGGCUAGGGACUAUUCCAAUAUAGCAAUCGCAACAAAACAGACCCGUGUGAUCAAAAAUCUUCACACACAGGUAAAGCACCCGGUAAAUAAAGAUGAUAUUAGCAAUGUCAUCUACAAAAUACCGUGCAACAACUGCGAUAGUUGCUAUAUUGGAAUGACCACAAACACUUUAAGGAAACGAUUAGCAGGCCACCGAUCCAAUAUAAACAGACUAGAAAAACUGACCAACGACAACAAUACUAACACAGAAAUAGCCAAAACAUCACUGAUAGAAACAACAACAGCACUAAUACAGCAUUGUAUAGAGACAGAUCACAGAUUCAAUCUAGAACACACACAAAUAAUAGACCAUAGCUACAGACAGUCCACACUCCCAUUUUUAGAGAUGUGUCACAUCACCAACACUAACCAUACAAUCAAUAGACGUACCGAUAUAGACAGACUCAGUACAACAUACGCAGCAGUGUUGCACGACAUUAAAAGUAGGAAUGAACGAAACGAAACCACUACGGGAGAUAGCAUAGAUGAGAGGGAAUCAAUUACUCCAAUAGGGCACAGUAACCAGUCCAUAAGUUGAGAUAAAGAAGGACUGAAAAACAGAAAGAUUGCGCCAUUGCCAGUGAAAGUUGUGCGGUGAGAAAAGUGGAAGAUUUUAAAGUGUAAGAUUUAAUAUCAGAUUAGCGGGAACCAUUUCAUAAUGAAACCGAAUUUAAAUUUACAGCAUGUACCAUAUAUCAUCAAACCCGACAGUUACAGUUAGACCAAACAUUAGACAAAUAACGACACUAGUAUUGUAAGUAACAGAAACCAGACAUUCCACACACAAUUAAUUCGAACAAAUGUUAAAUUAAAUUUUAGUACCCCCUGAGGAAGACACCCACCAAGUGUCGAAACGUUGGGUUAAUAUAUAACGUCGUUGGUUUAAUAAAGACUGCGUAGCCG